GGAGGUUAUUGGCUAUUGCAGAGAAUAUCUAAAAGGAGGAAGCUACAUGUGAAGACUAUUACUGUAGCCUUUCACAAUCAGCCAAUCAGCCCUCCCCCUGUCCAAGUGGCGUUAAUAACCAGACACAGAGAGGCAGCUACGGAGCAGAUGAAGAUGAAUCCAUGGACCCUCUCUGUGCUCCUGCUGCUAGCUGGGCCGCUGGGGGCGGACCCUGACUGGCACGUGGAGUACCCUGACUCCUUCUGCGUGGUGGAGGGCUCCACCGCCACCAUCCCCUGCAGCUUCACCCACCCCGCGGUGCACAAAAGGACCGGCCCGGUGGUGGAGCGGGCGGAGCGGGUGGUCUGGUGCCACAGUAACAAGUACUGCUCCGAGCCCAACGUGUACGACAGCAGCAACGUCCGGGCCGACAGCAGGUUCCGGUACCUUGGGGACCUCGACGGGAACUGCACCUUAAAGAUCAUCAAGACGGUGAAACGGGACGCUGCAAGGUACCGCUUCCGCUUCGAGACCAACGUCGAAGGGUACACCGGACUUAGAGGAGUCAGAGUCAACGUCACUAAUGGAGAGGAUGUGAAGGUCAGAAGCUCCGUCACUGACCAUGUGGUGAAAGAGGGCGGUCAGGUCACACUCACCUGUACCUCAGCCUGCUCCUUCCACCAAUUGGACGUCCACUGGUACAGAAAAGGCCACGCCCUAUCAGAGAAAGGCCCCGCCCUCCACCUCAGCUCUCUGACCAAUGACGACACAGGGAAUUACACCUGCUCUCUGGACUCUAGCAAACAGAAAACCUCUGCGCCUUGGAGUCUGAUCGUGGUGGUAGAUGAAGGCAGGUAUGCCAGGCGCGUGGCAGUGCCGGUGGUGUCGGUGGUGUUGGCUGUGGUCCUUCUCCUGCUGGCUGGGCUGGUCUUCGCUAAAAGGAGACAUGCACAAAAGAAAGCAUCAGAAGUGAUUCAAAAACAGGAGGUGAACUGUAAACAGGAAGCGGUGGGAGCUUCAGAGGAAGUCAGCUAUUCAACCGUCCACUUCAAACGCAAUUCCUCGAGGUCAGCCCCUGGACCGGAACAUGAGAUCGUCUACAGCGAGGUCGUUCACUGAACCAAACUCAAGCAGCAACUCCUCUUCCUCCUCCAGUGAUGACGAGAUAAGGGAACACUGACGUCAUCAUGUCUCUUGUCUGUCACAGACUUAUUGGUUGAGUCGUGUUCUUUUCAGUUUCUAUUUCUGCUUGUAACAUUUCUGAUGAUUUCAGUGUUUUUAUGCAUUUGAGUUUUCUUUCUUUAUUGUAUGUUGUUGUUUAUUCUGAAUAUACCUAAGGUUGUCUGAAUAACGGUGAGGUUUGUAAAGACUGAUUCUUCUCCAUUCUGCUCCUGAUGACUAGGCUACGUUUAAAAAAAAUACUUCUCAACUUAGUUUCUUGAUGGAAUGGCGGCUCAGUCUUUCAUGAGCCUUUUCUUCUUCUGUUAGCUUACAGUAUUUAUGCAAUCAUAUCUUUACAGUCUAUGGGUCAUGUAGGCUUACAAUAAGAUCUGUCAUGUUCUUAUCAUCGGUCGUUCCUGUGUUAAAGUGAAGCCGUUUUAAAUACUGAUAAAGUUAAUGGGGGUCAGAUAAUAAUUGGCGUACCAUUCAUCCCUGAGAUUCAUUACAAACUGUAAGGCUCGGACUCACCACUGCCAGUUGUCCUCUCGGGUAGGAUGGCCUGCUUUGUCCACGUGUAGGCUCAGUCACUACUGCAUAUAUAUUCAUGAGGCAAUACUUGGUGUGCUACCUAGCUAUGCUCCCUUAUCAUGCGGAAAAGUGCUGGUCCACACUUUUUACGUUCAGAGGACUUGGUGUUGCUAUUUGUCCCCAAUAUGUGGACAGAACAGGGUAAAAAGGCUUUUAUAUACUCUGCCCUCACUGUACGCUGCAGAAAGACCUAGGACUUGUUGAAUUCAUUUUGUUAAAUGCUUUUAAGUUGAAAAUGAAGGAAAUUGAGCUAGACUCUCUAAGAUAUCAGUGUUUUUGUUUCCUUGUUACAGAAAAGGAUAUUUUAAGAUCGAUGCAGUGUGAAUUGAUUUGCCUUAUUUUAGUGCUGUUUAAAUUUUUGUCUCUGUGUGUUUGUCUGAAACUGUUUGUCUGUAACUGUGCUGCCUGAUUUGGCCAGGUCACCUUUGAAAAAGAUUUGUAAUCUCAAUAGGUUUUUCUCCUGGUUUAAUAAAGGUUAAAAAAAUAAAUAAUAAUCACCCUCACCACUGUGGAGCUUAAAUAAGAAAGGGGAAGUAUAAUUCACUGGAACUCAGCAGGAACUUUGUUUGCUGCCAUGUGUGUCGAAGUCCUCUCUUCCCUGAAUACUAUUAUUAAGAUAGCAGACGUCAGAUAGAAUUGAACGAAAGUCUUUUUGUGAACCGUCUGUAUAAAAGUACAGGUAUUAUAGGUAUGCAUAACCCAAUUUAGACACAGAAAAAGCUCUUUGGGAAAUGUAUUAGACCUUUGAAGUAGGCUAUUAAACUAUAAAAGUUUAUUUAUUACCUUAUUUUGAGCAUGCAGUGUAUUUUCGAUGGGAUACAGCUGUGAUACAGCAUUGAUAUUUUAGAAUAUGUUGUCAAAAUAAUGUUCUUGAAAAAACACCUCUACAGACAUAAAAUAAAUAAAAUGCCUCAACAAAC